GUUGAGGAAAGCGCAGGACUAGCGAGCUGUCGUGCUAAGUUAAAGCUAACUAUAAAGUCAAGUUAAAAACAUUAAAAUAGAAAGAAAACAUAGUUAUACUCUGAUUUUUAUGAAUACUGUGGAACAGUUCCACCAUGGCUGACAGUCCAGGAUUGCCAUCAGGUGAAGACCAGAAUUUAGAAAUACAGGGCUCUGUGACUGUCUGCAAUAUAGAAACAGAGGAGAGCCAAGAAGAAUAUGCUUUUAAUGAUAAGCAUUUCUACUGUGAAACCUGCCAUAAACUGUAUUUAGACCAGUGUGAGGUUCAUGGCCCACCACUGUUCACCUAUGACUCUCCCACACCUAUGGGAGUUCCUCAGAGGGCUCUUCUCACUCUUCCCCAAGGCUUAGUCAUAGGUAGAUCAACAACUCCUGGGGCUGGACUAGGUGUUUUUAACCAGGGACAAAUUGUUCCUCUUGGAAUGCAUUUUGGGCCUUUUGAUGGAGAGGUCAUCAACAUGGAAAAGGCACUAGAAAGUGCUUAUUCGUGGAUGAUAUGCUCUGGGAGUGACCAAUAUGAUUACAUUGAUGCAGAGAGGGACACUCAUUCAAAUUGGAUGAGGUAUGUGGUUUGUUCACGGAACGAGAAUGAGCAAAACUUGGUGGCAUUUCAGCAGGGUGGGCGCAUCCUGUUCCGCUGCUGCCGCUCCAUCUACCCCGGGCAAGAGCUGAAAGUGUGGUAUGCAGAGGAGUACGCACAAAGCCUUAGCACCACAUGGGAUAAAAUCUGGGACAAGAAGUGCACACCUAUAGGAAGAAGCGAUGAAGAUGCCUCACAGCUUUGUCUUUGUCCCUACUGUCAAUACUCCUUCCCAGCAGCUUUUUACCUACACAGACACGUCAGGCGCUCACACCCAGAUGAGUACCCACACCUGCUGGAAGCCCAAGCUCUUGAGCCUACUGACCAGACACCAGUCAUGAAUUUGGAUCAUUGCCUACUUGCCUCUGAUGCACCACCUCCAUCUCAAAUGCAGCAAAUGACAAAAUCCUUUCAUAGCCAAUUUCCUACCCUCAGUGGCCAGACAGAGCAAUCAAACCCAACUGAUUUGCCACAUGAAAUUAGCAGUGAUUUGAUGAACAAAACGGACCAGGGAAAUACCAGUGUUGUAGAGGUCUCAAGGAACAAAUGUGGUGAAUGUGGGAGAAUAUUUUUGCGGUCGUGCCACUUAAAAAGACAUCAACGCACAAUUCAUUCAAAAGAGAAGCCUUAUUGCUGUAGCCACUGCAGAAAAUGCUUUAGUCAGGCAACAGGGCUGAAGAGACACCAGCAGACCCACCAAGGUGAAAAAGAGAGAAAAACUGGCUCACAGCAAGCUGAGAAAGAGGAUGCUGUCUACCCGUGUUCUAAGUGCUCUGUCUCUUUCAUAACCAAACUCAACCUCUACAGACAUCUCAAAAGACAUCACCAUGGAGAAUAUCUAAAACUAGUUGAAAAUGAAUCUUUUAAUGCUGAGUCAGCAUUGCAACACGAAAACUCAUCAGACAAACAUGACCCUCCUUAUGAGCCACCAGCCAAGCUUCGAAAAUCAGCUUUAAACUCUAAUAGGGCUGGGAAUCAGAAGAGGAAAGUACCUACGGGCCGACCUCGAGGCAGACCCCCCAAAAUAAAAAAAAAACAAAUCCAGAAGCCAGUCAAGGACACGGCUCAAGAGGAGAAUCAGAACAAUUGUUCAGAGGCUGAUCAGACUGCUCCUGACAAUGAGAGUACAGCAGCUCCACAGUGGACUAAUGCAGGCAGCAAACAGCCACAGGAAACGCCACAAGAGACCUCCUCACAUGUUUGUGGCGAGUGCCUAAGAACCUUCAGCCACCUCCAUCUUCUGAAAAGCCAUGACUGCAUUCAGCAGGGCGAUGGACCUCAUGGCUGCUCUCGCUGCGAACUCUAUUUCAGCCGUCUGUGCAACCUGCGGCGACAUGAACGCACCAUCCAUGCCAAAGAGAGGCCCUACUGUUGCACACUGUGCCUUAAGUCCUUCACCCAGUCUUCUGGCCUGAAACGCCAUCAGGAAAGCCACUCUCGCCACAGAGCCCAUCGCCAGAGCACAGCACUGGCCAAUGCCACCAUCUACCCCUGUAGCCACUGCCCCUUCUCCUUUACCGGCGAGCGAUACCUGUACAAACAUAUCCGCCGCCACCACCCAGAGAUGACUACAAAGUACCUGAGCUUUAAUGAGGGUGAUAUACCAUCCAAGGAACAUAGCUGCACUCAAUGCUCCAAGACCUUUCAGACAAUUAGGGGUUUCAAGAACCAUGCUUGCUUCAGACAAGGGGACCAGCUGUACCUGUGUCCUGACUGUGGUAAGGCCUUCAGCUGGUUCAACAGUUUAAAGCAGCACCAGCGCAUUCACACAGGGGUGAAACCUUAUGCAUGCUCACAGUGUGAUAAGAGUUUUGUGCACUCAGGACAACUGAACGUCCAUAUGCGCACACACACCGGGGAGAAGCCAUUCCUUUGUGCUGAGUGUGGUGAGAGCUUUAGGCAAUCAGGUGACCUGAGACGGCAUGAGCAGAAGCACUCAGGUGUGCGGCCAUGUCAGUGCCCUGACUGUGGGAAAAGUUUUAGUCGGCCACAGAGUCUCAGGGCCCACCAGCAGCUUCACAAGGGCACCAAACUGUUCCCUUGUACACAGUGUGGCAAAAGCUUUGCCCGCCGUUACCACCUUACCCGGCAUCAUCAGAAAAUGCACUCUUGAUUACUUUAGCCAAAACCAUGACUCUGUUGAGUCCAUUUAUUCAUUGACUAACGUAAUGUCUGUUAUGACUUAGUUUUCUAUUGAACAUGUUUCCUUUUAAAAUUCAGCAUGUAUCCAUAUGGACACGCUAAUGAAACGCUUAUUCAUUUCUGCAUUUGAUUGUUAGACUGGAAUGGAAAGGCACAAUGUUCAUGUUGUCUAAUACUUAAGGGAAAAUGCCAUAUGUCUGCACAAAAUGAAAAAAACAGUUUGAAGUGCUUCAAGAGAAUGAUUGAUGUUAGUUAUUUAGCAGUGCAUCUGACAGGUAACAUAAUUAUAAAUGUGCGAAAGCUGCACAUAAAUUUACUAAAGAAAAUGUGUUCACUAAGCAUACCGAGUCUAGAGUAUAUUUUAGAUACUAUAUAUCUAAAAUAAUAGUAUUAGAUGUACCUGGGCACGUGAUCUGUGACUUUCCUGGUGUUCCAGCUCACCAGAUGUUCCAGCUCUAAAAAGACAUUUAAUAAAGCCUUAAAGAUGAUAAUCUUAGUGAGUUGGAAAUAAUUCAUGUGAUCAUACUUAAUAAAAGUUUUUGUAAAUACUGAACACCUGGAAUUGUUGUGAUGGACACAUUACACUUUGUGGUAAUUGUGGUAAAUGUAUUCUAAAAUAUCAAUGCAGAUGCACUCACUUUGGCUACACCUACUACAUGAAGUAGAUAUGAACGCAAAUAGUGAGAGAUGUUACACAGGUUCAGAAAACUCCAACUUUUCUGAUGACUCUCAAACCUCCAGAUCAGUUAGUUUUCAAUGAACGUGUCUUCCCAAAAAUCUGUUUGCAAAUAUAUCACAUGCAUCCAAGAAUGGCUGUAGUAAUACAAUGGGUAUAUGUGGUGUAGCAGGAAGGCAAUCAAAACUACAGACAUUUUGUGAAAAUAUUCAGGAAUUGUUUUGAUGAUGAAAUGGCAGAGGCAGGUAACUGUUACUUCUGACCUUCGUCUUACUAUCAAUAUUGCAUAUCUUAAAUCGGUCAAACUCAAGUUUCUAAAUAUCAAAUGUCAUGGCAUUUUACAUUUGUGACAAUUUUUAUUUCUUCAUGUUUUAGUGUCACGUUUCUGAACUUUAGUUCAGUUUACAGUUUUUGUUCAUUUUUUAAAUAAAAAAAUAAAAAUUAAGUUACCUUCUUUUACCUUAAGUUAAGAAUAGACAUUCAUAUAUGCAUUAUGUGUAUUCAGCAUGUACAUUUCUAGUUUACAAAAACUCAACAUCAAAAAGGAAAAAAAGAUUUUAUUAUACAGUAGCUAGUAAAAGCUUGCUAACAUCUUGAUUUGCUUUACCGUUAAAAAUAAAUUUAGGCUUUAAAAGUUUUUUUUUUUUUAACAACUUAUUAGUGCAUGCAAUAUUGUACCAUGAAAAUUGAUAAUAAAUAUGUUACCUGGAAUUGAUAAAUGUGAUUUUGAUCUUCAGCAUUUACUUCAUAAUUUACUUUACCUGAAGGGUGUCUCAUACCUUAGACAUUUUACAUUUAGGUUCCCAAAUGGACAGAGGAGUUAUCUGGGCUUUAUACUCCCCCAAUUACAUACAGUUGGGUCCAUAAGUAUUUGGACAGGGACACUAUUUAUAUUAUUUUGCCUGUGUACACUACUACAAUGGAUUUUAAAUGAAGCAAUCAUGAUGUGAUUGAAGUGUAGACUUUCAGCUUUAAUUCAAGGGGUUUAACAAAAAUAUUGCAUUAAUUGUGUAGGAAUUACACCUGGAGUCCCUCCAUUUUCACAGGCUCAAAAGUAUUUGGACAAACGAUCGAAUAUAAGGAUAAGUAUUAUUAUUUUCAAUACUAUGAUGCAAAUCCUUCGUAGUCAAUAAAUUUUUGCGGUCUGGAAUCCAUGGACAUCACUAAAUGCUGAGAUCCCUCCCUUGAAAUGCUUUGCCGGGUCUUUACUGCGGCUGCCUUCAGUUGCUACUUGUUUGUGGGUCUUUAUACCUUCAGUUUUGUCUGGAGUAAGUGAAAAGCAGCUCAAUUGGGUUGAGAUGACUCACUUGGCAAUUUAAGAACAUAUUUCUUUGCCCUAAGAAGCUCUUGGGUUGCUUUUACAGUAUGUUUUGGAGCAUUUGACUGAAUCUGAGCAGGAAGUACAGUUCUAUGCAUUUCAGAAUUUAUCCUGCUACUUCUGUCAGCGGUCACAUCAUCAGUAAACACCAGUGACCCAGUUCGAUUGCAGCCAUACAUGCCCAUGCCUUCCUCCACCACGUUUGAUAAUGUGGUAUACUUUGUAACAUGAACCCUUCCUUUCCUUCACCAUCCUCUUCUCUUCCCAUCUAGCUGGUAC